UUUCCCACUGACUUUCUUUCUUUCUCUCUUCCCAAACAACACCGCCGUAUUUCACUUUCUUCCUCCUUUUACUAAAAACUUCACUUCAUCUUUUCUCCUACUUCAAAAACUCAAAACCAAACAGAAACAGAAAAAAGAACAACACUGUUACAGUGACACAACACACAGAAGCAAAAGAAGUUUGUUUUGUUUUUGUUUGGUUGCAUUUUUCACCAAUGGGAGCUCGUUGCUCUAAACUCUCUCUAUGCUGGUGGCCUUCUCAUAUCAAAUCAAAUCAUCACAACCUCUCUGAUAAUGAUGAUGAUGGGAGCAAGAAACAGAAGGAUUCUUCUGUUGGUUUUGCUGAAUACAGUUUGGAUCAACUAAGAGUUGCAACAGAAGGAUUUUCAUCAGACAACAUUGUCUCUGAACAUGGUGAAAAAGCUCCUAAUGUUGUCUACAGAGGUUGUCUUGAAGAUGAUAGGUUGGUUGCUGUGAAGCGUUUCAACAAGUCUGCUUGGCCUGAUUCUCGUCAAUUCCUAGAGGUAGCACGAGCCGUGGGGGAGCUAAGGAGUGAAAGAUUAGCUAACUUGGUUGGAUGUUGCAUAGAUGGAGACGAGAGAUUGCUUGUUGCUGAGUUCAUGCCAAAUGAAACUCUCUCUAAACAUCUUUUUCAUUGGGAUGUCCAACCCAUGAAAUGGGCAAUGAGGCUGAGGGUAGCUUUGUAUUUAGCACAAGCCUUGGAAUACUGCAAUAGCAGAGGAAAGGCAUUGUACCAUGAUCUUAAUGCUUAUAGAAUUUUAUUUGAUCAGGAAGGAAACCCUAGACUCUCUUGUUUUGGACUCAUAAAAAACAGUAGAGAUGGCAAAAGCUAUAGCACAAAUUUAGCCUUCACUCCUCCAGAGUACUUAAGGACAGGAAGAUUCACCCCUGAAAGUGUAAUUUACAGCUUUGGAACCUUAUUGCUUGAUCUUUUAAGUGGAAAGCAUAUUCCACCGAGUCAUGCACUUGAUCUUAUACGAGGCAAAAACUUUCAAAUGUUGAUGGACUCAUGUUUGGAAGGUCAUUUUUCAAAUGAUGAUGGUACUGAACUAGUGAGAUUAGCUUCGCGUUGUUUACAAUACGAACCUCGUGAGAGACCAAAUGCCAAGUCCCUUGUGACUGCUCUCACCCCUCUUCAGAAAGAAACUUCAGUAUUGUCAUAUGUUUCAAUGGGCCUACCAGAUAGGAGUCUAUCAUCAAAAGAAACAGUUACAAUAACGCAGUUUGGUGAAGCUUGUUCAAGAAGAGAUCUGACUGCAAUACAUGAAAUUUUGGAAAAGGUGGGCUACAAGGACGAAGAACAUGUUGCGAAUGAGCUAUCCUUUCAAAUGUGGACAAAUCAAAUACAAGAUACACUAAAUUUCAAGAAGCGUGGUGAUUCGGCUUUUCACGCAAAAGACUUCUCUACGGCCAUUGACUGCUAUACCCAAUUUAUCGAUGGUGGCACCAUGGUAUCGCCAACUGUGUACGCUAGGCGCUGCCUGUGCUACAUGAUGAAUGACAUGGCACAAGAAGCACUUGGAGACGCAAUGCAAGCUCAGUCGAUAGCUCCCACUUGGCCAACUGCAUUCUAUCUUCAAGCAGUUUCACUCUCCAGCCUUGGCAUGGAUAAUGAUGCACAAGAAAGUCUCAAAGAUGGCAAAACACUGGAAACUAGAAAGCAUUGGAAUUGAAAUUGUAUAGUGUUUUUUAUUAUUUCUCCCUUAUUUACCAACCAAAUUUUAAGCAUGGUUAUUGAAUGUAUCUAAUGAAUCUUUCCUUCAGCUUUUAGGCUUCUGGUUGUGAUGGCCAUGGCUUCCAUGAAUUUCCUUUUGUUUUUUUGGUCUGAUGAUGUGAAUCUCAAAUUUUAAUUUUCUUAUAA